GCAAAUGUUUAUAAACACUGAAAUGUUGGAGUUUGUAUGACUUUUAUUGUUACUAUAAAUGAUUACUACGUUUGUUUGCAGAAUUCAAUAAAACAAAAUAAUAUUUAAUGGAUUCUUGGAACUUUUCUUAUGCUGCAUCUGUUCAUUACUCUUCCAACAAAGCAUGCUUUUUAUAUGUACCAGAUAAGUGGCUGAAACGAGAAGUACCAUUAGAAGUGCUGGUAUUCAAAGUAACUUAUAGAAAUAACAAAACUGCUUUUCUAUCAUGUCAGAAGCUCAGAUGUCUUGAUGGAAAUGAAGAAUGCGAAGUUCAAAUCAAUGCUAAAUAUGCUGAAAAGUUGGGAAUCAAAGAGAAAGAAAAGGUGUUCCUUCAAUUAUAUGCCAGUUUCUUGCCCAAAGCUCAAAAAAUAGUUCUUGAACCUGUGACUGAAGAUGAUUGGGAAAUGCUAGAACUGAAUGCAAGUUUAAUUGAGAGUGACUUAAUGAACCAAAUUCGUAUUGUUUGGAAGGAUCAAGUAUUCCCAAUUUGGGCCAAUCAGUGCUCGUUUUUUGUUAAGAUAAAUAAAACUUUUCCCGAUCAUGUUCCAGUGCUUUUAGGAGAAUUUACAGAAAUUCACAUUGUGCCCAAGGUUCGGGCACAGAAUAAUGCUUACAACUCCAGACUGGACAAAGUCCCCAAAUCAGUUCAUUCUCAGUUUCAAUUUCUACGCUUUCCGAGUGGCUCGAAGCCUGAAAAGGAAUUAUCACCCGAAAAAGAAGAUGAUGAUGACUACUUUGACAGUGAGAAUAGAAGUGCUACACUUCGUGCACUUUCUCUUAUUUCAUCAUGGUUUUCCACAGCUUCUGAAGAAAAGUUCUUGACUCGAGAAGGAACAAAUGAUACGGAAGAGUUCGUACCAAUAGAUUUUGAUGCAGUUCUGAGAGUUGUUCCUUAUUCUAACCCUAGUGGCAGAACUUUACCCUUAGUAGUGCAGGCAACAACAGUGUUUAUUAGUGUAGAUACUUAUGUACUUUUGUAUGGUGCCAAAGACAUUCCACCCUGCUUUGUUGCUGUGCUGGAAAAAGUUCCAUUGCCUGGAGAUAGGAAGCUUCGAAAGACACAUGGAAAUUCUCAAAGAAUUGGUAAGGAUCAAAAGGAAGAUAUUUCUAAAGAUCCGAGUAGGACAAAGAACGAAACGGACAAAGUACAUGAACUAUUUGAUUCUGUUGUUGUUUCUGUUAUGGUGGUGCGUUCCCCAGAAGAGGAUGAAUUUAAUCUGCCAUUGCCUUUGUUUUACUCGAAAAAUUUGAUUGUAGUUCCUAAAGAAUUGAAGAGAUGCCUUAAUCUGGAAGUUGCUUCCCUUGUUCACCUGAAAAGUGUCCAAUUCAAACCAAUUUAUUUGAAUAUGAUUUCAUUGCAUCCUGUUUCUGCACUACCUCCAUCAGUAACAGAAGAAGUUAUGAGUGAACGAUUUUCAAGCUGGGCCUACAGCAAUAAUCUGGAGCAAUCUACUUUCACUAUAUCAAGUGGAACACUUGCUAGUCUUCACAUUCAUGGUAAAACCUAUGAUUUCUUUAUUAGUAUUCAAAAGGCUAUGUCUACCAGUCCCAAUACUUUACACAACCAUUCUGAGCUCAAAAAAGCAUCAAAACUGAAAACCGUGCCUGAAUAUUCAUUCUUAACUAGACAAGUUCUCAAAAGAAUGGUAGUGAAAAUUGGUGAUCUGAUGGAUCCCUCCAUUUUUGUAGAUCGCCCUUGCCUGCAGAAAACUAGGGGCUUGUAUCAAGAAAUUUUAGCCCUGAGAUUGGAAGCUCUUGGGGGAGUUUCUGAGCUUGCUGCCAAAAUAAUGGAGAAUAUUGAUUUUUGGCUAAAGUUGCGGCCCAUUGCCUACAUAUCUAAUCACUCCUUCACAUUCUGUGGCUGUAUUCUAGUGUGUGGACCUAAAGGAGUAGGAAAAAGUGCCUUAACGAAUGCAAUUUGCAAGAAAUUGAUGAAAUAUCCUUAUCAUGUCUUUGUUCAAACAAUUCACUGCUUGCCUUUGAAAGGGAAACGUGUUGACAGUAUUGCUAAGAAAUGGGAUGACAUUGUGUCACAAGCAAUUCACUCUCAGCCCUCUGUGAUCCUCUUUGAAGAUUUGGAUUACAUUGCCAGUUGUCCAACCUCUCAUGAGCAAGAAGUUGGUCCUGAUGGUGUCUACUUCUCUAGUGUUGUCCAAGCUUUCAUCCACCUUAUGAAUCGUGUCAUAGCUUCUGAAAGCAGAGUUACUGUCAUUGUUACAGCUCAGUCAACUCAUUCUCUCCACCCUAGUUUGAUGAAUACUAAAGGAAGGCAUAUCUUUCAAAGUGUAUUUGAAAUUCAUCCUCCUGAUAUAGAGCAGAGAAUCCAAAUCCUAAAAUCUCUAAUAUGCAGCAAGCCUCACAUUUCUCGCAGUUCCAUCAACCUCUUGCCUUGGACAAAUAUAGCAGCAAAGACAGAAGGGUAUGUAGCUCAGGACUUGGACUCCCUGGUCGACAGAGCUACUCAUUCUGCUUGGGUACGACUAGUGUCUUCAUCAAAUCUAGAAGAAAUUCCUCUGAUUUUGGAGGACUUUGAGAUGGCCUUAGAAGGUUACGUUCCAUCCUCCCUCCGAGGCAUCCCUCUCCAGAUCCGAGAUCAAAAAACAUGGAAAGAUGUGGGAGGAUUAGGAGAAGUCAAGAAAGUUGUCCAGCAAAUUAUUAUGUGGCCUGUUAAGUACAAACAUAUUUUCAAGAAUUAUUCUCUAAAACCUCAGACAAAUAUUCUUUUGUAUGGAGCCCCUGGAACUGGAAAAACCAUGCUAGCAGGAGUUGUAGCAAAUGAAUGUGGUCUCAAUUUCAUCAGUAUUAAGGGUCCUGAGCUUCUAUCAAAAUAUAUUGGGGCCAGUGAACAAGCUGUUCGAGAUCUUUUUAAAAGAGCUUCUGCGGCACGACCCUGCAUACUCUUCUUUGAUGAAUUUGAUUCCAUUGCUCCAAGACGAGGACAUGAUAGCACUGGUGUAACAGAUCGUGUUGUGAACCAACUUUUAACUCAGCUGGAUGGUGUGGAAAGCUUAGAAGGUGUUCAUGUGCUGGCUGCGACCAGUCGCCCAGAAUUAAUAGAUCCUGCACUACUGAGGCCUGGUCGUCUGGACAAAUGUCUCCUUUGCCCUCUUCCAAAUGAAGAAGAGAGGGUGGAAAUUCUCCGCUGCUUAUCUUCUAAGUUGCCAUUGUGUGAAGAAAUUGAUUUUCAAGCCAUUGCUUCUUGUACUGAAUAUUUUAGUGGAGCUGAUUUACAAGCUUUGUUGUAUACUGCCCACAUUAAAGCCUUGCAUGACUCUCUCAAAACUUCUUCAAGAAGAUAUUCCACUUGUUCUGAUGAUUUAAGUUAUUCUGAUGAAAGUGAUAAGCUGCUGUACAUGGCAUCUCUGGAAAAUGGGCUCACCAAACCUUCUUAUGAAGAUGGCAAGAAAAUUAUACAAGAGGUGAAUGUCAUCAAAGAGAAAUUUGGUGUCAUGAGUGAGCAACGCUCCAGUCGAAGCAACACGCUGAGCGUGGCAAUCACUCAACGUCAUCUGGAGCAGGUGGCUGAAGAGAUGAAACCUUCUGUCUCUCCCCAAGAAAGACUGCGGUAUAAAGUGGUAUUUCAGAAAUUUCAAACAAAUUUAGGUGGAGGAGCAGGUUCAUCCAUCACUGAAAAUAUGAAGCGUGUUACCUUAGCAUAAUGUAUUUUGAAAACUUGAGAGUGCUGCCAAUGAUUUGCUGCCGACGUGCCUGUGAUUCUUUCAAAAAAGGAACUGUG